AUGGCUUCCCACAGAUUCGACCCCAACUUCACCCAGGCUGUCAUUGACGGCAUGGGCCCCAACACCACUCCUCGUAACCGUCAGGUUCUUGGUGCUCUGACCCGUCACAUCCACGACUUCGCUCGCGAGGUUGAGCUCACCAUGGACGAGUGGAUGGCUGGUGUCAAGUUCAUCAACGAGGUCGGCCGCAUCUGGAGCGAGUCUGGCCAGACCCGUAACGAGGCCCACCGUAUCUGCGAUAUCUUGGGUCUUGAGUCCCUUGUCGACGAGAUCGCCCACAAGAUCGUCGUCGAGGAGGGUCUCGAGCCCACCUCCUCCUCCAUUCUCGGUCCCUUCUGGUCCCCCAACGCUCCCUUCCGCGAGAACGGCGGCACCAUCAUCCAGGACGGCGUCCCCCCCAACGGGCGCGUGACCAAGAUGCACGGUGUCAUCCGGGACAUCACCACGGGCCAGCCCAUCCCCAACGCCGUGUUCGACAUCUGGCAAGCCUCCGCCAACGGCAAGUACGACUUCCAGGACCCUCAGAACCAGACGCCCAACAACCUGCGCGGCAAGUUCAAGGCCAACGAGAAGGGCGAGUACUGGUUCUACUGCCUCCACCCGACCGCUUAUAGUCUGCCCACCGACGGCCCCUCGUUCGCCCUCCUCAACCUCAUGGACCGCCACCCCAUGCGCCCCGCCCACAUCCACAUCAUGGUUACUCAUCCCGAGUACCAGGGCUGCACUACUCAGCUCUUCCCCAGCGACGACCCCUGGAUCACCAACGACACCGUCUUCGCUGUCAAGGAUGAUCUCGUUGUGACCUUCAAGCCUCUUGAGGGUGACGAGAAGGCUGUUCUCGAGCUCGAGUACAACGUCAACCUCGCUCCCAAGGGCUUCAAGGGCAAGGUCUAA